AUGCUCACAGCCAUAAUUUUAUUAUCAUUUGUGGUGUUGCUUGUCACAAUCCUCCACAUAUAUGCAAGAUACGUCCUGCGCCGCCAAGCACGGCGUCAGGCCGCCCUGCAUCACCUAGGCUUCAUUACAAGCGCCGCCAAUGUCCAGUCGAUGGAGCUACCAAGGACUGGCCUCGACCCUUCUGUCAUGGCUUCGUUGCCCAUAUUUGUGUUCAAGCAAACAAAUGGAAAUGAGAGCGAUGAAAUGGGGUCAAGUUCAAUGGAGUGUGCAGUUUGUUUGAGCAUGUUAGAGGAUGGUGAAAUGGCUAGGACCUUGCCAAAUUGUAAGCACACUUUCCAUGCUGAGUGCAUUGACAAAUGGUUUGGAUCAAACUCAACCUGCCCCAUUUGCCGGACAGAGGCCGAGCCCCGGCUGGUGGCGGAGCCACGGGAGGGCAUCGCCGGUGCCACAGGAGCUCUGCCCUCGGCUCCGCCACUCCAUGGUAGUAACUCUAUCAUUAUAACAAGCAUGGAAGGGACAUCAGAUGGUGGAAUUUUUUCCUCAGCUAAAAUUGUUGGAUCAAGUUCAAGAUUAAGUUCAUUCAGAAGAAUUCUUAGUAGGGAAAGAUCGUCUCGAAGAAUCCAAUCCUGUGGUCAAGAAGAUGGCUUACCAGAUCUUGAGAGGCAAUAA